AUGGAGAAUGAAAAUAAAGAAGAAAUUAUUGAUGAAAUACAAGCAAAAGCUAAAACAAGAAAAGGAAAUGUAAUUUUAAAAAAAAGAGAAGGUGAGUUGAAUGAAGAUUCAAAAUAUUGUUUAUUUAUAAGUGGUAAUAAAAGAACAGAGUUGUUAAAAAAUUUCAUGCAAGAUAUAUAUUCCUUACAUAAACCAUUAACUUGUUAUAUGCCAAAAUUACAUCAAAAUUUAUCAAAUGUUUUAGAUAAGAUAGAUAAAUUAGUAGAAUUGUGUGUUCAUAAUAAUUGUUCCUUUUUUUUUUUAAUAUUUUCAACCAAAAAAAAACCAUCAAGAUUUCUUUUAGGCAGAUUAUAUAAUAAUAAAAUUCUUGAUUAUUAUAUUUUUUCACUUCUAUCAUUUAUUCCUAUUCACAUUUUUCCAUUAUCAAAAGAAAUUUUGUAUGACACAAAACCAAUUGUUCUAAUUCAAGGAUCCUAUUUUGAAAAAAAUGAAACUACAAAAUAUUUGAAAAAUGUUUUGUUUGAUUUUUUUAAGCAUAAAAACAUAGAAAGUUUUUCAAAAAAUAGUAUACAAAGGCUUAUAGUAAUAACUGCUUAUGAGUCUAAAAAAAAUAUUAAUAACAGUAAUAAAAAUAAUAACGAAAAUAAAUAUAUUUUAUCAUUUCGUCAAUAUUUAUUGAAAAAAGAAUUUUUUGAUUUAAAAGAAAAAUAUACUUUAAAUGAGAUAGGACCUCAAUUUGAAUUUAUCUUAGAAAAUUGUAAAAUACCAGAUUUUAAUAUAUUUCAAGAAGCAUUAAAAAAACCACAAAUACCAAAGAAAAGAAAAUCAGAUAAAAUAAAAGUUGAUGAGUUUGGAAAUAAUAUUAAGAAAGUUUAUAUUCAAAAACAAAAUUUUAGUAAAUUACAUACAAAACAUACUAAAGUACUUAAAAAAGGUAAUUAUAAUAAAAAGUAA